AUGAGAUCCCCUCUAAUCCCUGAAAUGGCGACACAGGAGGUACAGCUGAACGAGACUCUGGCUCAUCUCAAAACGGAGUCGGAGACGCUGAAGUCGAAGCUGGAGGAGGAAAGAGCGAAGCUGCACGAUGUCGAGCUACAUCAGGUGGCAGAGAAGGUGGAGGGACUGGGUCAGUUCGUCAUGAAGACCCGGAGAACUCUGAAGGGACAUGGAAACAAAGUUCUGUGUAUGGACUGGUGCAAGGACAAGAGGAGAAUCGUCAGCUCCUCACAGGAUGGAAAAGUGAUUGUGUGGGACGCUUUUACCACCAACAAGGAACAUGCUGUGACAAUGCCUUGCACCUGGGUGAUGGCCUGCGCCUACGCCCCCUCUGGCUGCGCUGUAGCUUGUGGGGGCCUGGAUAACAAAUGCUCCGUGUAUCCCCUGUCCCUGGACAAGAACGAGAACUUGGCUGCGAAGAAGAAGUCAGUGGCGAUGCACACAAACUACCUGUCUGCCUGUAGCUUCACCAACUCGGAUAUGCAGAUCUUGACGUCCAGCGGGGACGGAACAUGCGCUCUGUGGGACGUUGAGAGCGGGCAGCUGUUGCAGAGUUUCCAUGGACACGCAGCAGACGUGCUCUGUCUGGACCUGGCCCCAUCUGAGACUGGAAACACAUUCGUCUCUGGGGGCUGUGAUAAGAAGGCUAAUGUGUGGGACAUGCGUUCAGGACAGUGCAUUCAAUCCUUUGAAACUCAUGAAUCAGACAUAAAUAGCGUGCGAUACUAUCCCAGUGGAGAUGCUUUUGCGUCUGGCUCAGAUGAUGCUACAUGCCGUCUGUAUGACUUGAGGGCAGACAGAGAAGUGGCUAUUUAUUCCAAAGAGAGCAUCAUAUUUGGGGUCUCCAGCGUUGAUUUCUCUCUCAGUGGCCGGCUACUGUUUGGUGGCUACAACGACUACACCAUAAAUGUUUGGGACGUUCUCAAAGGAACACGAGUCUCUAUUCUGUUUGGACACGAGAACCGUGUCAGCACGCUGCGUGUUUCCCCGGAUGGAACGGCCUUCUGCACAGGUUCCUGGGACCACACUCUUCGGAUCUGGGCUUAAGCAUCAAGACACAAAAGGAUCAAAUAGUAGACAGACCUGGUGAAGACACGCUGAUGUUUCUGUUUGCUAGAGUACAAUCACACAAAUAGAGACUCAGUUUUGGUUGUACAUAGAGCAUAUCAAUAGCAGUGUAUAUACUCCCGUCUCUUGGCCAGGGUAGGUUUACAUAUUUCAAAGAGUGAUUAAACCAAAUGGCACGCUUGCACAGAAGUAAUUAUGGUUACAGUGUAAAAAGUAUAUUGUAGAAAAUAUUGUUGGUAGUGACUUGCAUCAGUCUAGGAUAGAAGUGACACAAUAAAGUCAUGUAUUGUAUGUGCCCACAUAAAGGACAUCACUUGUUUA